UCAUCCAGGCGCAGAGCGAGGCAGCGCGGGCCGGGCGGCUGCAUCCUCGGCCUCCAGGAUGUCCACUGAAGGGAGCAGCGCAGAUGGCAAGACAGACUUGGCGAAUGGAAGCCUGGCCAGCAGCCCCGAGGACAUGUCGGGGGCGGAGGAGGGGCGGGAGACGUCGUCCAGCAUCGAGGUGGAGGCGUCCGACCUGAGCCUGCACCUGGCCGCGGACGACGGCGGCCCCACGCGUGCCAGCACCGAGCGCCGCGGCUCCGACACGGAGAGCUCGGGGGAGGACAAGGACUCGGGCAGCAUGGAGGACACCGGCCACUACUCGGUCACUGCGGAGAGCCAGGCGCACGGCCCCUCAGACGAGGAGGACGAGGAGGAUGCGGAGCCGCAUCAACCUCGGCGCCGGGCGCAGCGCAAGCGGCCCAGCCGGGAGCAGGACUCGUCGGGCAAGGAGCGGGCGCUGGAGGACUGGGUGUCCUCGGAGACCUGGGCGCUGCCCCGCCCGCGCUGGCGGGCCCUCCCGGCGCUGCGGGCCCGGGCGCUGGGCUGCGGUGCCAGCUUCGUGCCCGAGGCCUGCGGGGCGCGUGUCUUCGUGCAGCGCUUCCGCCUGCAGCACGGGCUGGAGGGCCACACGGGCUGCGUGAACACACUGCACUUCAACCAGCGUGGCACCCGGCUGGCCAGCGGCAGCGACGACCUGCGCGUGCUUGUGUGGGACUGGGUGCGGCGCCGGCCUGUGCUGGACUUCGACAGUGGCCACAAGAGCAACGUGUUCCAGGCCAAGUUCCUCCCGAACAGUGGGGACUCGACCCUGGCCAUGUGUGCCCGGGAUGGGCAGGUGCGGGUGGCCGAGCUCUCGGCCACUCAGUGCUGCAAGAGCACGAAGCGCGUGGCCCAGCACACGGGAGCCUCCCACAAGCUGGCCCUGGAGCCCGACUCGCCCUGCACCUUCCUCUCUGCGGGGGAGGACGCCGUGGUCUUCACCAUCGACCUCCGGCAGGACCGGCCAGCCUCGAAGCUGGUGGUGACGAAGGAGAAGGAGAAGAAGGUGGGGCUGUAUGCCGUCUUCGUGAACCCCGCCAACACCCACCAGUUCGCAGUGGGCGGCCGAGACCCGUUUGUGAGGAUCUAUGACCAGAGGCGGAUCGACGAGAAGGAGAACAGCGGCGUGCUCAAGAAGUUCUGUCCACACCACCUGGUCAACAGUGAGUCCAAAGAAAACAUCACCUGUCUCGCGUACAGCCACGAUGGCACAGAGCUCCUGGCCAGCUACAACGACGAAGACAUUUACCUCUUCAGCUCGUCCCACAGCGACGGGGCCCAGUACACCAAGCGUUAUAAGGGGCACAGAAACAACGCCACGGUGAAAGGCGUCAGCUUCUACGGCCCCAAGAGCGAGUUUGUGGUCAGCGGCAGCGACUGUGGCCACGUGUUCCUGUGGGAGAAGGAGUCCUGCCAGAUCGUCCAGUUCAUGGAGGGCGACAGGGGCGGCGUGGUCAACUGCCUGGAGCCCCACCCCCACCUGCCCGUGCUGGCCACCAGCGGCCUCGACCAUGACGUGAAGAUCUGGGCGCCCACGGCAGAGGCGCCCACCAAGCUGGCGGGGCUCAAGGACCUCAUGAAGAGGAACAAGCGCGAGCGGGACAAGGACAGCUUGCAGCACGCCGACCUCUUCGACAGCCACAUGCUCUGGUUCCUCAUGCACCACCCGCGGCAGCGGCGCCACCACCGGCGCUGGCGAGAGCCGUGGCUGGUGCCCACGGAUGCCGACUCGGACUCCUCCAGCUCGUUGGACGAGGAGGAGGGCCCUGACCGCGUGUAGUGCAUGCCAUCCUG